AUGCUUUCUACUAGCAUAUCAUUUAUCACCACUGUCGCAUUAGUCGCGCAGGUUUCUGCCUUCCCAGUGUUGCAAUCGCGAGCCACUGCAGACACUGCUGCUUGGUCCUUCCUGCAGCGUGCCGCUGAACUGUCGUCCGCUGCAUUUACUGGAUGUACCGGAACAGCCUUCGAUAUCACCAUUACCAAGCAGGUUUAUGAUCUUACAACCAACGCAAAGGGCUUUGUUGGAUAUUCCGCUUCAAACAAGAAAAUCUCAGUUGUCAUGAAGGGAUGUACCACCGAUGAGUAUUGUUUGCUUAUUGCCGAUGUGGUCCAAAAGACUGAUAUACUCAAUGAUGUCGACACGACCUUAGUCGUCCCAUCCCUCUCCGGUGUCACCUUCCCAUCUGGUGCUAGGAUCAUGAAUGGUAUUAGCAGCCCUUGGUCUGCUGUCCAUGACGAAAUCAUCGCAGAGGUCAAGUCUUUGGUGGAACAGUACCCAGAUUACAGUCUAGAGUCAACCGGACACUCUUUGAGAGGUUCUCUCACUUACCUCUCCUACGUUGCCUUGGCUUCCAACUUUCCCGGCAAGGACAUUACCAGCAAUGCGAUGGCUGCAUUCCCGAUCGGCAACCAGGCCUGGGUCACCUUUGCUGAGUCUUUCAAUGGAACGCUGAACCGUGGCAAUAACUAUGAUGACGGUGUUCCUAACAUGUACAUCCAAACCCCAUAUGAAUUCGUCCACUUCGGGACCGUGAGUCGAACCAGUCUUAAUGAGUACUACAGCUAUGGAACUCAAGCUACCUGUGUCAAGUGCUCGGGAGAGCGUGACACAUCUUGCUCUGCUGGAAACGGACAGUACAGUGUGACUCCCGGUCACUUUUCCAGCUUUGGAAUAGCACUUGGCUAUGCUGGAUGUUCUGCGCUGUAA